CUUGAAGGACAACACCAGGCUGGGGCUGGGGGUGCAGCCAGACCGGCUACUGUCGGAGAUGAGGUGGUUGAUGAACGAUAUCGGGCAACAUGCAGUCCUUCCCCCCGAUCUCAAGUCGGCCGUCGAGGCCAUCAAAUACAUCGCCCAGGAACUGUCGGAGCAGGAGGAGUUCGAUGAGCUGAGGAAAGACUGGCAGUACGUUGCCAUGGUGGUGGAUCGCCUGUUCCUCUUCAUCUUCAUCAGCUUCACCACCAUCGGGACCCUCACCAUCUUCCUCGAUGCCACCUACAACGUGCCCCCCACCGACCCCUUCUACGACCCCUACUCCUGACUCUCCUCUCCUCUCCUCUCCCCCAGCUAAAACGCCUACG